CUCUUCCUCUGCCCCGUGACCGUGAGGUUAGCGACACUCGCCAAAAAUGGGUCGCGUGCGCACCAAGACCGUCAAGAAGGCCUCUCGUGUCAUUAUCGAGAAGUACUAUGGCCGCCUCACAAUGGAUUUCGACACGAACAAGCGUGUCGUUGAGGAGGUGGCGCUGAUUGCCACCAAGCGGCUUCGCAACAAGAUUGCCGGCUUCACCACGCAUCUGAUGAAGCGCAUUCAGCGGGGCCCUGUCCGGGGUAUCUCCCUGAAGCUCCAGGAGGAGGAGCGCGAGCGCCGCAUGGACUUCGUGCCCGAGGAGUCUGCCAUCAACACCCUGGCGAUUGAGGUCGACAAGGACACCAUGGACAUGCUCAAGUCCAUUAACAUGGGCACGCUGUCGGGCGUGCAGCUGGCGCAGCCCCAGACUGGGUUCAAGCCCUAUGGCGGCGGCAACCGUGGCAAGCAGUAAGGGGUUCUCAGGGUGGCUGUAACUCUGCGCGUGUGUCUCA